AUGGUUUCGAUAUCGCAACGCCAGAUCUUCAUUGUGGUCGGUGUGCUUUUCCAUUUCUACUACCUAUGGCUGAUUUUCGACAUCUAUUUCGUGUCCCCGUUGGUGCAUGGAAUGGAUCAGCACAAGUCAACAUCUGAGCCUCCGGCCAAAAGAUUGUUCUUGAUUGUUGGCGAUGGGUUGAGAGCAGACAAGACCUUCAAAAAGCUCUUGCAUCCUGGAACCGGCGAGGAGAAGUAUUUGGCUCCUUACUUGCGCUCUUUGGUGGAAAAAGAGGCUACCUGGGGUAUUUCCAACACCAGAAUGCCUACUGAAUCACGUCCAGGCCACGUUGCCAUGAUUGCUGGUUUUUACGAGGAUGUCAGUGCUGUGACGAAGGGGUGGAAGGAAAAUCCAGUUGACUUUGACUCGUUUUUCAACCAGUCUACUCACACAUAUUCGUUCGGCUCGCCCGACAUCUUGCCCAUGUUUGCCUAUGGUGAUAAUGUGGUGCCCGGCAGAAUUGAUGUGUGCAUGUACGGCCAUGAGUUUGAAGAUUUCACACAGAGCUCGAUUGAACUUGACUCGUUCGUGUUUAAGCAUUUCGAUGAGUUGAUGGACCAGUCUGCCACAAACCAGACGCUACACGACGAGUUACAUCAAGACGGUAACGUGUUCUUCUUGCACCUCUUGGGCCCUGACACUGCAGGCCACGCCUACAGACCAUACUCUGCCGAAUACUACGAUAACAUCGAGUAUAUCGACAAGCAGCUUGAAAAGUUGAUUCCCCGGAUUCACGAAUUUUUCGGUGAUGAAGAGUCCGCUUUCGUUUUCACUGCCGACCACGGUAUGUCUGACUUCGGCUCUCACGGUGACGGCCAUCCCGACAACACAAGAACUCCCUUGAUUGCCUGGGGUGCUGGUGUCAAUAAGCCUGUCCUCGCCGACGACGCUCAAAAAGCGAAACAAGACCCUGUUGUUAGCGGCUAUGAGGCUGAUUAUUUCGAUACUUGGGAAUUCGACCAUUUAGCCCGUCACGAUGUCAACCAAGCUGACAUUGCUUCCUUGAUGGCCUACUUGAUUGGUGCCAACUACCCUGCAAACUCCGUUGGCGAAUUACCUUUGCCCUACAUUGAUGGUUCUGCAGUCAGUAAAGUCAAGGCCUUAUACGAGAACGCAUUAGCUGUGCUGGAACAAUACCUUGUCAAGGAAAGUGAGGUUUACGACCACCAGUUCCAGUACAAACCAUAUGAUCCCUUCGUGAAGAAGCCUAUCGCUCAAUACAAGGUCGAGAUCCCUCUCCUUAUUGAUCAGCUCGAGGCUAAUCCAACCGAAGCUAUCGAGGCCGAGGCUAUUGCCCUUACUGAAGAGCUCAUGAAGGCAUCCUUGGAUGGCUUGAACUACUUGCAAACAUACAACUGGCUUUUGUUGCGUUCCAUCGUCACUCUUGGCUUCUUUGGCUGGAUCGCUUACUCAUUCAAUGUGUUCUUGAAACUCUUCAUUCUUAAAGAUUUUGAACAGCCUCCCCCAUCCACGAAGCUUCUCGUUGCAUUCGGUGGCAUUGCCUUGGGAAUCAAUUACUUAUUGUUUUACCAGCACUCGCCAUUCAACUACUACAUGUACGCAGCGUUCCCAAUCUACUUCUGGUACACGCUCUUCAAUGAGAGUGGCCUCUUCUUCAAGGGCUUGCAUAAUUUCUUGUUUGGUAUUUCAGGCCCAGUGAAACUCUUUACAUUGGCCAGUUUCCUCGGAAUGUACGAGGGCAUUGUCUACGGCUUCUUCAACAGAAUCAUCUUUUCGGUGAUUUUCGUCUUGAUUGGACUCUAUCCAUUCAUUGUCCUGCGGAAACUUGAACUCAAGGUCCUGUUGCCAUGGCUUUUGAGUUGUUGCAGCAUGUGCAUCUUCACGAACUUGGACGCUGUCAAGGUAGAGAGCUUGUGGCAGAUCAAUGUCAGUGCUGUUGCAGCCCUUGUGGUUGGUGUCUUGGGCGCCAAGAAGGUAUUCGAGCGUGGUGUUAGUCUGUACAACAAGAGACUCGUGGCUGCUCAAAUAGUGACGGCCAUUUUCACCUUGUAUGCGACAAAUGUGUCAGUGGUGUCCUUGCAGGCCAGGGAAGGUUUACCAGUGUACUCCCAGAUUCUUGGCUGGAUCACAUUUUUGGUUUCACUUUUCGUGCUUCCAACGCUAUACACCCUUCGCCCAUCCACCGAUUACCAGCUCAGACUUUUGAUUAUUUACUUGACCUUCGUGCCAACGUUUAUCAUCUUGACCAUUUCGUUUGAGCUUUUCUUUUACGUUGGAUUUUCGUUGGUUUUGUUGCAAUGGUUGAACAUCGAGACCCAAUUGAAGAUGACUCCUCAAGAGCUCGAAAAGUCCAAACGCAACAGUCUCAAUUUGCCGGAAGGCUACUGGUUACAGACGAUCCGUGUUUCCAUUGUCGGUUUCUUUUUCUUACAAUUUGCAUUCUUCGGCACUGGUAACGUUGCAUCCAUCUCGUCCUUCUCCUUGGACUCCGUCUACAGAUUGAUUCCAAUCUUCGACCCCUUCCCUAUGGGAGCUCUUCUCAUGCUCAAAUUGGUCAUUCCAUACAUUCUUUUGUCAUCGUGCUUUGGCAUCAUGAACCACCAGCUUGAAAUCAAGAAGUUCACCAUUUCAACCCUCAUCAUCUCCACUUCAGACUUUUUGUCGUUGAACUUCUUCUACCUUGUCAAAACCGAGGGCUCAUGGCUCGACAUUGGCGUCACCAUUUCCAAUUACGUAUUGGCCAUUCUUUCCUCGCUUUUCAUGCUUAUUCUUGAGCUUGUGAGUACCAUCAUCUUGAAGGGUGUUGAGUUUGAGAGUGACGAGCUUAAGGAAAAGAAGCAGCAGGAGAAGAUCCAGCAAAUUGUCGACGACGAGACGCCGAUCAGUGAGAGAGUCAGAAGAAGAAAGCGGGCUUGA